AUGUCUGACCGCUCGCGCGCAGCAACAAACGGCAACGGCGUUUCGCGUACGCGGAAUGGCACAUCAUCCUCUGCAUCUGCAUCAGUCCGUCGCAAUCUGUUCCAGAGCCAGUUGACCCGGCGACCUACCGCAGGCUCCUCGUCCACGUCGGCCGAGACGCUGCACCUCGACGUCGACGUCCUGUCAGACACCUCUGAGAUUGUUGUUCGUGAUAAGCACGGCGAGAUUGAGCUUGGAGAUCCCCCGACACCGAUGCUUGAGGACGAUGACGAUGUGCCGCUGGAUCACCGGCAGGAGACUGAGAAGGAGAGGCAGCGACUAGCUGAAGCCGUCAAGCAUCAUCAGAUUAAUCGAAAUACAGUCCCAGAGCAACCAGAAGAACUCCUCGAAGCUGUCAAGACGAGUUUGAGAGCAAAAGUGGCGGCCCUCGCCGAAGACAAUUGGAUGUUUGAACCCGAAGAACAGCCACGCGGAUAA